GCUGACGUGCGCGCCGUGGGCCGGCGGCGGCCGGCCCGCGGGGGUGGCUCCCCCGCGGCGAGCGGCAGGGACCCCGGCAGCGCUGCCCCCGCCAGAGGGCGGCUCCGCAGCGCGGCGCCGCCCCCCCCGGCGGCCGCCGCGGGCGGCAGCGCUGAGCCCCGGGCCUGCCUGGGGCUGCGCCGCGGCCCGGGAGGGCUGCGCCGCGGCCUCGCUUCUCGGGCCGGUGUCGCUCCCCUCCACGCGCGCCCAGCCUCGGAGGCCUCGUCGGGCGAGGCGGGUGCGCCGCGAAGACGCGGCCGGGGGGUGGGAGCUGUGUGCUGUCCACCGCUGGAUUACAAAA